GCUCCGACGCAGACAGGCAAAAGGCGGAGGAGGAGCAACGGACCUCCACAGUCCACAGACGCCUGGUUUCGGUAGCAGUCGAUCGGUCGGUGGUCGGCAGCACACGGCAGCACGAGCCCCAGCGGAGGGAGGGAGACUCCUCGCAGCUCCACGGCUGUUUUCCAUUGACCAGUAAAGAGCCAGCAGAGAGAAAAGCGGUAUAGAAGGCGAGCACGGGCGGAGAGAGAGAGAGGAUAAUUGCGUUUCUGGCUGCCCUGUGGGAACAUGGGAUAUAUGACCUCAUCAUUCACCUGUGAGGCUCUCCAGUAAACAACGAGGAAGAUGACUGAGGCCGCUGUCGAAAGGGCAGAUGUCCUCCUUAAAACCUGCGAUGUGACACCGUGUGAUGUCCUCGGCUGUUCCUCCCCGCCGCCAUGCCUGCCGCUCUGCAACCAGAGGGAGGAAGAGGAGUGCCGCCAUGACAGCAAGAAGCCAGAGCAGCAAAAACACUGUAACCAGGUGCAACCAAAGAAAAAAGUCAAGGCAAAAGGAAAGUUAGUGCGCAGUAUGGCCGUCUGCGAAGAGUCCUCGCCAUUUGAAGAAAUCCAGGAAUCUCCAGACAGUAACAUCUCAUCUAGCUGCCAAGACAAUGAGAGAACAUCCUGUAAGGAGGAAGAGCAGGAGAAGAGCGCAGAUCUAAAGAAACAUUCACUGUCCAAAGAGUCCAGCGCGGAAUACACCGACUCCACCGGCAUAGACCUGCACCAGUUUAUCGUCGACACCCUCAACAGCAACCCCAGAGACCGAAUGAUGCUGCUCAAACUGGAGCAGGACGUGACUGACUUCAUCAGCAGCGAUAGCCCCUUUAAAAAGUUCCAUCAAAUGUCGUCCUACCACCGUAUGCUGGUCCAUCGGGUGGCGGCCUACUUUGGCAUGGAGCACAAUGUAGACCAGACAGGCAAGUCUGUCAUCAUCAACAGGACCAGCAGCACACGCAUACCGGAGCAGCGUUUUUUGGACGAGGUGCGGGACAAGACCGAUGAAAUCCACUGCUGGAAAAUGAUCCUGAAGAGAGACAACAGCUCAGAUGAUCAGACCCGAAACCAACCCUUCCGAGAGAAGCAGGGCAAGUCAAUGGAGGAGAGGGAGGAGGAGUACCAAAGAACACGAGACCGAAUCUUUAACCAAGAGCCGCUCUACACCCAGGAGAGCGCCCAUGUAGAAACCAGGGCUGUGGAGGAGUACAACCCAUAUGCUGAAACCCAGAGGAGAAGACAGCUCUUCAGGAGGAGCCGCGGCAGCUCGGGCUCCAGUGCGACGGGCAGCAGCCGGCAGAGCAGCACCGACACAGACUGUCGCUAUGGCAACGAGCCCCAGCCCUGGAGCAGCACAGACUCGGACUCCUCCUACCAGUGGACAAGCCCCGCCCCGAAACCCCGUCAACCUGCCAACCACAGCUGGGAGGGCCGCGGCUCAGGCUCCGUCUCUCUGUUCAGACUGCCACCUGCCGGCCCCCACCCCCCGACUCCGCCCAUCGUAGAAGAGCCGGCUCACAACUCUGCCUACAUCUUUGAGAACGGGAUCCCACCUGGCAGCAUACUGGUGAACCCACAAACUGGGCAGCCAUUCCUGAACCCUGACGGAACCCCCGCUGUGUACAACCCACCAGACGCUCAGCAGCCAAUCAGGAGCCAGACUCAGCUGCAGGGCUCUCUGCCUCAGCAGCAGCCACAGCAGCAGGUGGUUCAGUACUCGUCUGUGUCCUACCCAGCUCCUCAGAUGUUGCCUGUCACUCCCUCACAGCCGUACUCGACAAUGGAGGACUUCUCCUCGCAGUUCGCUCGCAUGACAGGGAGCUGUCAGUCAGCUGGUGAAGCCCCACCUCUCUACCCUCCCAGUCAGGGUUACAUCUAUGCAGCUCCUCUCCCACCUCCCCUCCCCCUCCCCCCCAGCUACUGCCAGCCCUCACCUCAGGUGCCUGUGUUUUACUACGGCCAGUACCCUACCUCAGCUCAGCAAGGAUGCCGGCCAGUCUCACCCAGCCAGCACAUCCACAGCCAAGUAGCACAACCAACAGCAGGUUACCCUCCCACUGUGGGGGUGCAGCAAUCCUCCCACACUCAGGCCCAGGCUGUGCUGGGGCCCUACUCACCAAUGGCCUCUCAUCAGUGUAGCAUGGUUCAGGGGGGCGUUCCGGUGUCCUACCCCCAGAGUAAAGUUGUGACUGGGGUGGGCGGGGAGGUGGGUUACUGCAUGGUGGCGCCCCCGUCCUCCCACCACAGCGUCUGCCAUCCUCCCAGCUGCACCAGCCUCGGCGCUCCGGCCUGGAGCGCACAGUACUGAUGCCGCUGCAGCGAAUGGAGCGAUGAUAAUUGUGGUUCCUGCGUGACCUCACCGCACACACUUAACGCAAGCGCCUUUUUAUUUUCCACUCUCCCCUCCAUCCCUCCCUCCCUCCCUUCUCCCCUCCCUCCCUUCUCACCUAUACCCCCUUCUUCCUGACGAUGCCCACAGGGCUCACUGUUCACACACACACACAAAUGUACCACUGUACCAAAGCUUAAUAGUAUAUAUAUCAGAGCUGCUGUAUUGAAUGCAUUAUUUAUAUACACAAAUGGAGUUUUAUAAAUAUAUUAUAAAUUAUAUACUGUGUUUUAAUGCACUGUGUGAAGAGAAUAAAGUGUUAUUGCUGGA